AUGUCUGCAUAUUCUCCAGAAGAAGCUGGGGGUGGCGACAAGCCCGAACGGCCCGCAAAGAGGCAGCGAGACACGCUGGGACAGACAUCUGGUAGGCGACAAGCGGCGUGCCAAACGUGUCGCCUGCGCAAGGUGAAAUGUGACAAGAAGAGGCCGCAGUGCGCGCUGUGUGAGGCCAGCAACACAUCCUGCGAGUAUCUCGACGAUGGCAGCGAAAAGAUCACACUGGAGACGGCGACGAGCACAAUCCUCAAGAGACUGGACGCUCUCCAUCAGGAGCUCAGCGCUGCCAAGAGCCAACAGUCCCAACCCUUACACGUCCCGGCACCACCCCAGCCCUCGCCGACCCAGUUUGAGCCAUCGCGAGACUUUCUGCGCAUCCCGCCUCACUGUGCUAGCGCGGAUAGCAUCUUGCAGUGGCCUGUCUUCAACGGAGCCUAUCCGCCCAACGCCCUCAUCAGUGAGCUCUUUACGCAGAACCAGAAUGGCGACCUCAUCACGCCGCCCACAGCCCUUGUGCCGUUUGAUGAGGAGCAGAUUCCGCUGCUGAUCGACCGCUUCCUAGUCAAUGUCUACACCAAGAACCCCAUCCUCGACGUGGAAGACCUUCUCAAGAGCGCCAGACGCUGCGCGGAGAACGGCGUGGGCUGGGACGGGGCGAGCUGUCUCGUUCUCAUGGCGUGUGCCCUCGGCGCCGUCACCAGGCCAUUUGGAACCACUGUCCAGGCCGAGUCGUCGGCCAAGCUGUACGCAAAGGAGCUGCAGCAGGGUGACUCCUACUUUACGCUGGCGUGCCGCAGGCUCGGGUCUCUGCGGUACUCCAUCCUUGGCGCACAGUGUUACUUCUUCGCCGGCGUGUACCUCAUGUAUACCCUGCGCGUGCUGCACAGCUACCACUACUUCCUCCAGGCGUCGACGUACACGCAGUUCUGCCUCCGCACGUCGCAUGGGUUGUCCGACACGUUUGCCGAGGUCAUUACGAGCACGGACGGCCGGCGGAUCGAGCAGUCGCUGUACUGGUCCUGCUUCAAGUCCGAGUGCGAGUUUCGCGUCGAGCUCCCCCUGCCGCAGAGCGACAUCUCCCUUGGCGAGUAUCCGCAGCUCUUCCCCAGCCCGCCGGCCGGGUCGAUCAACGAGGAGGAGAGCUGGUACUACUACCUUACAGAGAUUGCCCUACGACGCAUCGGCAACCGCAUCAUCAACACAUUCUUCGACAGGCGAAGCUGGCACGAUAUUCGACCGCUGCUUGGUAUCGCGCGCGAGUUUGAGAGGCAGGUCAGCUCCUGGGAGGCCAACCUGCCACCAGCCAUGCAGCAGUACGAGACCAACAGCAUGAUCCGCGCACCGUACGAAGCAGGGGGCCACGUGUCGCGCGAGCUCAGCUGGGCCAUUGACAACCGCCUCCUGGAGAUGCAGACCUGGCUGUACCAGCCCUUCCUAUGGUAUCUGAUCCACGUGGGCGUAGAGCGGGGCGUGGACAAGGACCUCGACUCUCUGAUCCAGUCGGGCAUUGAUUGCUCCCUCAAGACCAUUGACGUCCGUGCGCGUGGCCAUCGACACCACGGGCUCUGGUACGAUCUGCGCAGCAUCAUGUCUGCCUCGCUCACCCUGGUGGUCAUCAUCAAGACGGGCAACACAUCCUGGAUCCAGGGGGGUCUGGAGGCCGUGCAGCCACGCAUCCACCACGUCGUGCAGCAAUUCAAGUUUUGGCAGGCCGAGGCGCCGGACUUGCACAGAUACAUCACUACGCUCAAAGAACUCUCUCAUCAUGUACGCAUUUAG